AUGGCCACGACCACUGUUACCACCGCCAUUGAACUGGAAUCUCACUCGGACAAUGUCGCAAGAACCACAGCUGCCGCUGUCUACAACACCAAUAAUAAUUACUCCACAGGACGUCGCGAAGAUGACGAAGUAAUGCGGGCCUCGCUCGCCGCAGACUCCGAAGUCCCCGAUGGCGGCUAUGGAUGGGUUGUUAUCUUUGCGUGUGCACUGCUUUGUUUUUGGUUCGUCGGCACAACAUACUGUUGGGGUGUUUUUCAAGCAGCGCUCGUCGAGCAGGGAGUUGGCUCAGCUUCGACGCUGGCCUUUGUUGGCUCGCUUACGACUUCUUGUAUCUCGUUCAUGGCUGUGCUCAAUGCCAGAGUUGUACGUAAAUUGGGUACACAGUUGAGCGGGUUAUUGGGUAUCUCUCUGUUUGGAAUCGGUGAAGUGAUGGCCGGAUUUACGACGGGAAAUGUGGUUGGGCUGUUCAUGACCAUUGGACUGGUCAUGGGCUUAGGGACAAGCCUACUCUUUAUGGUUGUAUCUGUCACACCAGCUCAAUAUUUCAAGGCCAAAAGAGGAAUUGCGAAUGGUAUUGUCUUUGCAGGUGGCGGGCUUGGUGGUGCCAUUAUCAGUUUCGUAACGAAUGGUCUUCUGCAGGCCCUCGGUAUCGCAUGGGCAUUCCGAGUGCUGGGCUUCAUCACGCUGGCUACGGGCUUGCCAGCAGCAUAUCUCAUCAAGGAGCGCGUGCCGAUUCGGCCGACAUCCUUCGUUGAAUGGCGUCUGUUCCGGGACUACCGGUUUAUUCUAAUCUUCCUGGGAGGGGCACUUGCAACAUUCCCACUCUUCGUGCCCCCGUUCUUCCUGCCUCUCUACACGAACUCACUGAAUAUGACCCCAAGCGCAGGUGCAGGUCUGGUGGCUGCUUUCAAUUUCUCGUCAGCCAUCGGUCGUCUACUUUGCGGUUUCAGCUCGGACAGAAUUGGACCAUUGAACACUGUGUUUUCGUCCUUGUUACUUAGUGCCCUGAGUGCGUUGGUGCUCUGGCCUGUCUCUAGUUCCUUGGGGCCACUCAUCGUCUUUGUGAUUGUCAAUGGCAUGGCUAACGGCGGAUUCUUUGCUACAAUGCCAACCGUUGUGGGCAAUGUGUUCGGGUCGGCAAGGGUCUCUGUCGCUAUGGGUAUGGUGGUUACGGGCUGGGGUGGCGGCUACCUUUUGGGAGCUCCCAUUGCAGGAUACUUGCUGAAUACCGGUGGAGGUGAAAAGGGAGGAAUCGAUGCGUUUCACCCCGCGAUAUAUUACGCUGGCUCGAUGGCUCUCGGUUCAGCAAGCUUGAUGUUAAUGGCACGGUUAGGAAUUGACCGGAGACUGACACAACGGGUUUAA